AUGGCUAAGAUUGCUAUCGUUUUUUACUCCAUGUAUGGCCACGUUGCCAAGCUGGCCGAGGCUGAGAAGAAGGGUGUUGAGGCUGCUGGUGGCCAGGCCGACAUCUAUCAAAUCGCCGAGACUCUCCCCCAGGAAGUCUUGACCAAGAUGUACGCUCCCCCCAAGGGCGACUACCCCAUCGCUGAGCCCGAGACUCUUCUCGAAUACGACGCCGUCCUCUUCGGUAUCCCCACCCGUUACGGUAACUUCCCCGCCCAGUGGAAGGCCUUCUGGGACAAGACCGGUGGCAUCUGGGCCAGCGGUGGUUACUGGGGCAAGUCUGCCGGUGUCUUCAUCUCCACUGGUACCCCCGGUGGUGGUCAGGAAUCUACUGCCAUUGCUGCCAUGAGCACUUUGGCUCACCACGGUUUCUCCUUCGUUCCUCUCGGAUACAAGCACUCUUUCGGUCAACUCACCAACCUCUCUGAGGUCCACGGUGGUUCCCCCUGGGGCGCUGGUACUUUUGCCGGUGGUGACGGUAGCCGUCAGCCCAGCGCUUUGGAGUUGGAAAUCGCCGAGAUCCAGGGUAAGACCUUCUACGAGCGUGUCAGCAAGUGA